AUGGAACUGGCCCCCCUAUUCGACAAGCAGUACGCAGUCUACUACCGUCUUAACUUCCGCAACGGUACAAAGAUUGAGAAAAAGCUUUGUUUCGAAAAACCCCACUUUUUACACAUCAAGUCUAUCCUCAUUGCGCCCUCUUUGGACUCAUGGAACUGGCCCCCCUAUUCGACAAGUAGUACGCAGUCUACUACCGUCUUAACUUCCGCAACGUUGAGAAAAAGCUUUGUUUCGAAAAACCCCACUUUUAACACAUCAAGUCAAACCUCAUUGCGCCCUCUUUCGAUUCAUGGAACUGGCCCCCCUAUUCGACAAUUGAGAAAAAGCUUUGUUUCGAAAAACCCCACUUUUUACACAUCAAGUCAAACCUCAUUGCGCCCUCUUUCGAUUCAUGGAACUGGCCCCCCUAUUCGACAAUUGAGAAAAAGCUUUGUUUCGAAAAACCCCACUUUUUACACAUCAAGUCAAACCUCAUUGCGCCCUCUUUCGACUCAUGGAACUGGCCCCCCUAUUCGACAAUUGAGAAAAAGCUUUGUUUCGAAAAACCCCACAUUUUGCACAUCAAGUCAAUCCUCAUUGCGCCCUCUUUCGAUUCAUGGAACUGGCCCCCCUAUUCGACAAUUGAGAAAAAGCUUUGUUUCGAAAAACCCCACUUUUUACACAUCAAGUCAAUCCUCAUUGCGCCCUCUUUGGACUCAUGGAACUGGCCCCCCUAUUCGACAAUUGAGAAAAAGCUUUGUUUCGAAAAACCCCACUUUUUACACAUCAAGUCAAACCUCAUUGCGCCCUCUUUCGAUUCAUGGAACUGGCCCCCCUAUUCGACAAUUGAGAAAAAGCUUUGUUUCGAAAAACCCCACUUUUUACACAUCAAGUCAAACCUCAUUGCGCCCUCUUUCGACUCAUGGAACUGGCCCCCCUAUUCGACAAUUGAGAAAAAGCUUUGUUUCGAAAAACCCCACAUUUUGCACAUCAAGUCAAACCUCAUUGCGCCCUCUUUCGAUUCAUGGAACUGGCCCCCCUAUUCGACAAUUGAGAAAAAGCUUUGUUUCGAAAAACCCCACUUUUUACACGUCAAGUCAAACCUCAUUGCGCCCUCUUUCGAUUCAUGGAACUGGCCCCCCUAUUCGACAAUUGAGAAAAAGCUUUGUUUCGAAAAACCCCACUUUUUACACAUCAAGUCAAACCUCAUUGCGCCCUCUUUCGACUCAUGGAACUGGCCCCCCUAUUCGACAAGUUUGUUUCGAAAAACCCUACUUUUUACACAUCAAGUCAAACCUCAUUGCGCCCUCUUUCGAUUCAUGGAACUCGCCCCCCUAUUCGACAAGUAGUACGCAGUCUACUACCGUCUUAACUUCCGCAACGGCACAAAGAUUGAGAAAAAGCUUUGUUUCGAAAAACCCCACUUUUUACACAUCAAGUCAAACCUCAUUGCGCCCUCUUUCGAUUCAUGGAACUGGCCCCCCUAUUCGACAAUUGAGAAAAAGCUUUGUUUCGAAAAACCCCACUUUUUACACAUCAAGUCAAACCUCAUUGCGCCCUCUUUCGAUUCAUGGAACUGGCCCCCCUAUUCGACAAUUGAGAAAAAGCUUUGUUUCGAAAAACCCCACUUUUUACACAUCAAGUCAAACCUCAUUGCGCCCUCUUUCGAUUCAUGGAACUGGCCCCCCUAUUCGACAAUUGAGAAAAAGCUUUGUUUCGAAAAACCCCACUUUUUACACAUCAAGUCAAACCUCAUUGCGCGUUCUUUCGAUUCAUGGAACUGGCCCCCCUAUUCGACAAAAAAAGCUUUGUUUCGAAAAACCCCACUUUUUACACAUCAAGUCAAAACUCAUUGCGCCCUCUUUCGAUUCAUGGAACUGGCCCCCCUAUUCGACAAGCAGUACGCAGUCUACUACCGUCUUAACUUCCGCAACGUUGAGAAAAAGCUUUGUUUCGAAAAACCCCACUUUUUACACAUCAAGUCAAACCUCAUUGCGCCCUCUUUCGACUCAUGGAACUGGCCCCCCUAUUCGACAAUUGAGAAAAAGCUUUGUUUCGAAAAACCCCACAUUUUGCACAUCAAGUCAAUCCUCAUUGCGCCCUCUUUCGAUUCAUGGAACUGGCCCCCCUAUUCGACAAUUGAGAAAAAGCUUUGUUUCGAAAAACCCCACUUUUUACACAUCAAGUCAAUCCUCAUUGCGCCCUCUUUGGACUCAUGGAACUGGCCCCCCUAUUCGACAAUUGAGAAAAAGCUUUGUUUCGAAAAACCCCACUUUUUACACAUCAAGUCAAACCUCAUUGCGCCCUCUUUCGAUUCAUGGAACUGGCUCCCCUAUUCGACAAUUGAGAAAAAGCUUUGUUUCGAAAAACCCCACUUUUUACACAUCAAGUCAAACCUCAUUGCGCCCUCUUUCGACUCAUGGAACUGGCCCCCCUAUUCGACAAUUGAGAAAAAGCUUUGUUUCGAAAAACCCCACAUUUUGCACAUCAAGUCAAACCUCAUUGCGCCCUCUUUCGAUUCAUGGAACUGGCCCCCCUAUUCGACAAUUGAGAAAAAGCUUUGUUUCGAAAAACCCCACUUUUUACACGUCAAGUCAAACCUCAUUGCGCCCUCUUUCGAUUCAUGGAACUGGCCCCCCUAUUCGACAAUUGAGAAAAAGCUUUGUUUCGAAAAACCCCACUUUUUACACAUCAAGUCAAACCUCAUUGCGCCCUCUUUCGACUCAUGGAACUGGCCCCCCUAUUCGACAAUUGAGAAAAAGCUUUGUUUCGAAAAACCCCACAUUUUGCACAUCAAGUCAAACCUCAUUGCGCCCUCUUUCGAUUCAUGGAACUGGCCCCCCUAUUCGACAAUUGAGAAAAAGCUUUGUUUCGAAAAACCCCACUUUUUACACGUCAAGUCAAACCUCAUUGCGCCCUCUUUCGAUUCAUGGAACUGGCCCCCCUAUUCGACAAAAAAAGCUUUGUUUCGAAAAACCCCACUUUUUACACAUCAAGUCAAAACUCAUUGCGCCCUCUUUCGAUUCAUGGAACUGGCCCCCCUAUUCGACAAGCAGUACGCAGUCUACUACCGUCUUAACUUCCGCAACGUUGAGAAAAAGCUUUGUUUCGAAAAACCCCACUUUUUACACAUCAAGUCAAUCCUCAUUGCGCCCUCUUUGGACUCAUGGAACUGGCCCCCCUAUUCGACAAUUGAGAAAAAGCUUUGUUUCGAAAAACCCCACUUUUUACACAUCAAGUCAAACCUCAUUGCGCCCUCUUUCGAUUCAUGGAACUGGCCCCCCUAUUCGACAAUUGAGAAAAAGCUUUGUUUCGAAAAACCCCACUUUUUACACAUCAAGUCAAACCUCAUUGCGCCCUCUUUCGACUCAUGGAACUGGCCCCCCUAUUCGACAAUUGAGAAAAAGCUUUGUUUCGAAAAACCCCACAUUUUGCACAUCAAGUCAAUCCUCAUUGCGCCCUCUUUCGAUUCAUGGAACUGGCCCCCCUAUUCGACAAUUGAGAAAAAGCUUUGUUUCGAAAAACCCCACUUUUUACACAUCAAGUCAAUCCUCAUUGCGCCCUCUUUGGACUCAUGGAACUGGCCCCCCUAUUCGACAAUUGAGAAAAAGCUUUGUUUCGAAAAACCCCACUUUUUACACAUCAAGUCAAUCCUCAUUGCGCCCUCUUUGGACUCAUGGAACUGGCCCCCCUAUUCGACAAUUGAGAAAAAGCUUUGUUUCGAAAAACCCCACUUUUUACACAUCAAGUCAAACCUCAUUGCGCCCUCUUUCGAUUCAUGGAACUGGCCCCCCUAUUCGACAAUUGAGAAAAAGCUUUGUUUCGAAAAACCCCACUUUUUACACAUCAAGUCAAACCUCAUUGCGCCCUCUUUCGACUCAUGGAACUGGCCCCCCUAUUCGACAAUUGAGAAAAAGCUUUGUUUCGAAAAACCCCACAUUUUGCACAUCAAGUCAAACCUCAUUGCGCCCUCUUUCGAUUCAUGGAACUGGCCCCCCUAUUCGACAAUUGAGAAAAAGCUUUGUUUCGAAAAACCCCACUUUUUACACGUCAAGUCAAACCUCAUUGCGCCCUCUUUCGAUUCAUGGAACUGGCCCCCCUAUUCGACAAUUGAGAAAAAGCUUUGUUUCGAAAAACCCCACUUUUUACACAUCAAGUCAAACCUCAUUGCGCCCUCUUUCGAUUCAUGGAACUGGCCCCCCUAUUCGACAAUUGAGAAAAAGCUUUGUUUCGAAAAACCCCACUUUUUACACAUCAAGUCAAACCUCAUUGCGCCCUCUUUCGACUCAUGGAACUGGCCCCCCUAUUCGACAAUUGAGAAAAAGCUUUGUUUCGAAAAACCCCACAUUUUGCACAUCAAGUCAAACCUCAUUGCGCCCUCUUUCGAUUCAUGGAACUGGCCCCCCUAUUCGACAAUUGAGAAAAAGCUUUGUUUCGAAAAACCCCACUUUUUACACGUCAAGUCAAACCUCAUUGCGCCCUCUUUCGAUUCAUGGAACUGGCCCCCCUAUUCGACAAUUGAGAAAAAGCUUUGUUUCGAAAAACCACACAUUUUGCACAUCAAGUCAAACCUCAUUGCGCCCUCUUUCGAUUCAUGGAACUGGCCCCCCUAUUCGACAAUUGAGAAAAAGCUUUGUUUCGAAAAACCCCACUUUUUACACAUCAAGUCAAACCUCAUUGCGCCCUCUUUCGAUUCAUGGAACUGGCCCCCCUAUUCGACAAAAAAAGAUUUGUUUCGAAAAACCCCACUUUUUACACAUCAAGUCAAACCUCAUUGCGCCCUCUUUCGAUUCAUGGAACUGGCCACCCUAUUCGACAAGUAGUACGCAGUCUACUACCGUCUUAACUUCCGCAACGAAAAAGGUUUGUUUCGAAAAACCCCACUUUUUACACAUCAAGUCAAACGUCAUAGCGCCCUCUUUCAAUUCAUGGAACUGGCUCCCCUAUUCGACAAGUAGUACGCAGUCUACUACCGUCUUAACUUCCGCAACGUUGAGAAAAAGCUUUGUUUCGAAAAACCCCACUUUUUACACAUCAAGUCAAACCUCAUUGAACCCUCUUUCGAUUCAUGGAACUGGCCCCCCUAUUCGACAAUUGAGAAAAAGCUUUGUUUCGAAAAACCCCACUUUUUACACAUCAAGUCAAUCCUCAUUGCGCCCUCUUUUGAUUCAUGGAACUGGCCCCCCUAUUCGACAAUUGAGAAAAAGCUUUGUUUCGAAAAACCCCACUUUUUACACAUCAAGUCAAUCCUCAUUGCGCCGUCUUUCGAUUCAUGGAACUGGCCCAGCUAUUCGACAAUUGAGAAAAAGCUUUGUUUCGAAAAACCCCACUUUUUACACAUCAAGUCAAUCCUCAUUGCGCCGUCUUUCGAUUCAUGGAACUGGCCCCCCUAUUCGACAAUUGAGAAAAAGCUUUGUUUCGAAAAACCCCACUUUUUACACAUCAAGUCAAACCUCAUUGCGCCCUCUUUCGAUUCAUGGAACUGGCCCCUCUAUUCGACAAUUGAGAAAAAGCUUUGUUUCGAAAAACCCCACUUUUUACACAUCAAGUCAAACCUCAUUGCGCCCUCUUUCGACUCAUGGAACUGGCCCCCCUAUUCGACAAUUGAGAAAAAGCUUUGUUUCGAAAAAACCCCACUUUUUACACAUCAAGUCAAACCUCAUUGCGCCCUCUUUCGAUUCAUGGAACUGGCCCCCCUAUUCGACAAGUAGUACGCAGUCUACUACCGUCUUAACUUCCGCAACGUUGAGAAAAAGGUUUGUUUGGAAAAACCCCACUUUUUACACAUCAAGUCAAACCUCAUUGCGCCCUCUUUCGAUUCAUGGAUCUGGCCCCCCCUAUUCGACAAGUAGUAGGCAGUCUACUACCGUCUUAACUUCCGCAACGUUGAGAAAAAGCUUUGUUUCGAAAAACCCCACUUUUUACACAUCAAGUCAAACCUCAUUGCGCCCUCUUUCGAUUCAUGGAACUGGCCCCUCUAUUCGACAAUUGAGAAAAAGCUUUGUUUCGAAAAAACCCCACUUUUUACACAUCAAGUCAAACCUCAUUGCGCCCUCUUUCGAUUCAUGGAACUGGCCCCCCUAUUCGACAAGUAGUACGCAGUCUACUACCGUCUUAACUUCCGCAACGUUGAGAAAAAGCUUUGUUUCGAAAAACCCCACUUUUUACACAUCAAGUCAAACCUCAUUGCGCCCUCUUUCGAUUCAUGGAACUGGCCCCUCUAUUCGACAAUUGAGAAAAAGCUUUGUUUCGAAAAACCCCACUUUUUACACAUCAAGUCAAACCUCAUUGCGCCCUCUUUCGAUUCAUGGAACUGGCCCCCCUAUUCGACAAUUGAGAAAAAGCUUUGUUUCGAAAAACCCCACUUUUCACACAUCAAGUCAAACCUCAUUGCGCCCUCUUUCGAUUCAUGGAUCUGGCCCCCCCUAUUCGACAAGUAGUACGCAGUCUACUACCGUCUUAACUUCCGCAACGUUGAGAAAAAGCUUUGUUUCGAAAAACCCCACUUUUUACACAUCAAGUCAAACCUCAUUGCGCCCUCUUUCGAUUCAUGGAACUGGCCCCCCUAUUCGACAAUUGAGAAAAAGCUUUGUUUCGAAAAACCCCACUUUUUACACAUCAAGUCAAACCUCAUUGCGCCCUCUUUCGAUUCAUGGAACUGGCCCCUCUAUUCGACAAUUGAGAAAAAGCUUUGUUUCGAAAAACCCCACUUUUUUCACAUCAAGUCAAACCUCAUUGCGCCCUCUUUCGAUUCAUGGAACUGGCCCCUCUAUUCGACAAUUGAGAAAAAGCUUUGUUUCGAAAAACCCCACUUUUUACACAUCAAGUCAAACCUCAUUGCGCCCUCUUUCGAUUCAUGGAACUGGCCCCUCUAUUCGACAAUUGAGAAAAAGCUUUGUUUCGAAAAACCCCACUUUUUACACAUCAAGUCAAACCUCAUUGCGCCCUCUUUCGAUUCAUGGAACUGGCCCCCCUAUUCGACAAUUGAGAAAAAGCUUUGUUUCGAAAAACCCCACUUUUUACACAUCAAGUCAAACCUCAUUGCGCCCUCUUUCGAUUCAUGGAACUGGCCCCUCUAUUCGACAAGUAGUACGCAGUCUACUACCGUCUCAACUUCCGCAACGGUACAAAGAGUAA